AUGCCACUGAUCGUUCCAGUCUCCCAGCUGCAUAUGGAGCGUUUAGCUGCCCUGCUGUUCACCGUGGUGGCAUUCUGUCGCAGCGCAUGGAUCCUAUCUGCCCCCAACGGAAGGCAUGCUGACUGGUGCAUCUUCUGCUGGGCGUUCAGGGCUUCGGCCUGCACCCUGCUGGUCGCUGCUGGUGGGCAGUUCGGCCUCCCAGGCCGAGCCCCGGUGUCCUGGUCCAAUUUCCACACUAUCGCCUGUACGCCGCCCUCACCCUCUGCCUCUCUGGCCUCGAUCAUCUUCGCAGUGUUUUUCCUGAAGAACCAGAACUUCCACGGCGAGAGUCGAAGCUAUCGCGAUCGUCUCAACCGUCUUCUCAUGGCGCUGGCAGCCGAUAGCCUAACCAUGGGUAGAUGAGCGCUGACUAAAGCGAGGCCAGGGGAGGUGCAGGUUAGCAUGGCUACAGCUCCAGGCCUGCUGAAGGUGUGCCAGACCUUUGUGGCCUGCAUUAUCUUCAUCCUGGUCAGUGAGCCUGUGUCGUAUGACCAUCGCAGCCGCUCAAAGUGGUGCAUGGCCGUGUAUUGGCAUUGCUUCAUCCUGUCCAUGGCGUGGUGGUGGCUGUGUGUGGCGAGUGCACCGGGCUGUCUCGCCCUCCCUUUCUCACAAGUUCCCUGUCAGCUUACGGGCCUCCUGGCGGUUAUCAUGUACUUGACCGCUACGCAAUCCUCUGGCCCGAUGUUCGCAGUUUGA